GGUCUGCAGGCAAUGCAGGUUGCCCUGGAUCUGGAGAAGAAUGUGAACCAGAGUUUGCUGGAUCUACACCAACUUGCCACUGCCCAGACUGACCCUCAUCUGUGUGACUUCCUGGAGACUCACUAUUUGGAUGAGGAGGUUGAGAUCAUCAAGCGACUUGGGGACUACAUCACCAACCUGAAGCGUCUGGGAGCUCCUGAGAAUGGGCUGGGAGAGUACCUGUUUGACAGGCUCUCGCUGGAGGACAGCAGUUAGUGGGGCGUGGGAUACUGUCUGCUCUUGUCUGAAUGCAUUACUGACUUCACUUGGACAAUCUGGCUCCUCCCUAGGGAGAAGGAAUAUGUUGGCAAGAAUGUAAUGGCUGUCCCACCUGAAAUGGAAGUGAAUAAAAUCUUGUAUUUGAUCUUG